CAUACGAAGGAAGUUUCAACCCUCGCCUUUUCUCUAGAUGGUAGUUUUCUGGUCUCCGCAUCGUUAGACGGCACAAUGAAGCGAUUCAAACCGGAGAUAGGGGAUGACGACCUAGUCGAGCUCUGGGCUCGAUCUAGCCUAACGACGAUAGCGUUUGUAGCCAAUGGUAAGCGAUUUGCGGCGGGGGGUACCAGCGGCGAAUUGACGGUCUGGGACACGGUGAAGAACAGAUCUAGCGUGAAUAAGCUAGAACACGGUAUCAGUUGCAUGGCAGUCUCAUCAUCGGCCAAGUUGGUAGCUGUCGGCCAGCUCAACAGGACGUUGUUCCUAGGCUCAAGAAGAGCCAACACUACGACCAUUUCAUUGGGAGGGACCGGCGUUUGGGCUUUUUCUCCUGAUAGCUCCGCUGUGGCUUUCUCCAAGCCGGAUGGCAAUAUCACGCGGUGGAGCAUUACAGAAAACAAAGAGCUCGAAUCGCUAUCCGGUCACUCCGGAUCCGUCCAGCUUCUGGCCUUCUCUACCGAGAUCUUCUCUCCAAGCACACGGAUCAUCGCCACUUCGCACGAGUCAGGCUUGAAGAUCCUUUGGAACUGCGACACCGGGAAAGAAUUGUCUAGGCUGCAUACCGCAGGGAACAAUUCCAUGAUAUUCUCUCCAGACAGUGGUCGCCUUGCGACCCUGGAGCCUCGCGUCCAUGUCUGGGACACACACACCGGCUCUCUGCUGCAAAUCCUAGACGACGCCGCAUCACAUCCAAAGGGAGUGAGUUCGGUCGCAUUUUCUGCGGGUGGACAGGUUAUUGCGACGAUAGGGAAUGAGUCUCCGGGUAUACAGCUGUGGGACGUUCUCACUGGAACCUGCGUCCACACCAUCCACACCGCAGGCCCAGUCUCGGGCAUCGGCUUUUCAGUAGAUGACGACCUCUCUGCUUGGUCGGUGGGGAACGCGUGGGAUAAGGCGACAACACGCAUGGACUGGAAGUGGAAGAUGCCUCGCGCCACAAUCCGGCAGGCCUCGGCAGUGGCAGUGACUCGGCACCAGUCUACAUUGCCGAGUUCUCUGCCAGCGGCGAAUACCUGGCCACCGCCUCCAGCCACCAGGGGCACGGAGACAUUAUUAUUCGCAAUUCUUCUUCUGGAAAGCAGGAAAAAAGAAUCGCGAGCACUCCGGCCUUGCCUCUAG